UACAACGAAAAAUCAGCUUUGUGUUAAAGCGAUUACUAAAUACUUAACUGGAGUAAGACCGAACUUUUAUUUUGAAAAAAGAAAAAAAAACUUAUAUCAUGGCGCCAUGAAUCCCUGUGACCCGCUUCACGUUUAAUUUCAGCGCCGGGAAGGUUCAGAAACAAAUGCAGCCUGCUUCAGAAUAAUACUCCAUUCCAUUCUAGUUGGUCCAUGAGUCGACUUCUAUAAACAGUUAUGGAAUCUCAGACGAGGAGAGGCAGCUCAUCAAAUAGUGGCAGUGCCAGGAGACUCUCAGUGGCAAAGAAAAAAAGCCAGAAGUGCAGUGCAAUCAAAGAGAGAACGAGCAAUGGAGGUGGGCUUGCAUCCAUAACUUCAUUUUUCCGGAAUACACCACCGUGUAAACUGGCAUGCCCUCUGUGUGGCAAACUUGUACCUCGAUACAAGAUUAAUGAACAUAUAGACUCUCAGUGUCAGAAGUUUCUUGGUGAGGAUCUUGAAGAUGCACCAGCUGUCAGUGAGAAAAUAACCAACACACCCUCUAAAGGUGCAGUAACUCGAAAUGAUGGGAAAGAGAAAAGCCCAGGAGAGAAAGAUGCCGAUAGGAGUCUGUAUUUUAAAAAGAGCUGUGUUACGAGGCAAGAUUCAUCUAAAACAAAUUUACAAGCGGACCCGGUUAAAACAGUUGGUCUUGGUAGUUUGUCCUCUAAACUGUCUAGAAGAGCACUUAGACUUUCAGGAGAAUCUGAGAUGGAUCAUCCUCAUGUCUCUGGAAAACAAGAGAGCCAUGAUGCAGAACUGAGCAGCUCACAGAAGGAAAAUUGCAUGGAGAGUUUAAUUUUUGAAUCUAAAUCCGGUGGCAUGGAUACAGAUAACACGUUCCCAACAGAGCCAGUGGCUUCAAACCAACCUCAAGUGAAAAGCAUUGAGAAAUCUGUGACAGUAAUGGCAGAAUCGAGCAGCAGCGCUGACAUUCAGUCAGUGAAAUCGGCAUCGGCCUCAAGGGCACGAAAGCGGAAAUCAGAGCAGUUGCCUAAAAAGGAUACAAACGCUACAGAAACCUCCGUCAAGCAUAAGAAAAGUAGAUAUAAAGCUGAAAACAGACAUGAAACGAAUGUCAAGUCAUCUCAAACUGAGGCUUCGGCUGAUGUUGUUCCAUUAUCAGAGAGUCAAAUCAAAAGCAAGACCUCAACCAAGGACACUGAGAGGAUGCCCUGCACAACACCAGCCAAUGAGAGUGAAGCCCUAGCCGUAGAGAAACCCAGCGAGGGAUCGGAGCAUCAGCACACCAGGCAGCCGUAUUACUUGCAGAACUUUCGGACGGUCCUUGAGGCGGUGUUGGAGAACGAGGAUGAUAGGAUGCUCUUCAAUGAAGAUGACUUCUCAACUAUUCACACUUUUCAGCAGCUCUCAGUGCCUGGUCAGAUGCUUUAUGUCCGUCUAUUUCAAAGAAAGCUGAAGUGGCUUCAGGUCAGUAAGCUGGAAUACACCGAGAUCAGCUCGGACCUCAGGACUGUCAUUCAGGAGCUGGUCACAUGUGGCUUCUUACAAACAGAAUCUGAGCUUCAUGACGUCCAAGAAGUUUUGGAUCUGCUGCCUGCACCGGAGCUCAGGAACCUGGCCAAAACCUUUCAUCUCGGCCGCGGAGGGAAUGGGACUCAGAAGCAGCAGUUGGUAGAGGGGCUACUCCAGCUGGGGAAACAGCGAUCACUCUUUGUCAGUCAAAACAACACGGCUGCAGUCAUUCUCAAGAGGGCCAAGCAGGCUGCAGGUUCCUGUGUGCGUCUGUGCCGUAGAUCACGUGCCGUGUUCUCCCGUGUCCUGCUCCUGUUCUCACUCACAGACACUUUGGAGGAGGAGGAGAUGGCCGCUGGAGGUCAGGGGCAGCUCUACACCAUUCUGCUUGUCAAUUCUGGCCGUCUAGCUUUCCCAGAGUAUACAGUACAUCGCUCAGCCAGACUGUUUGAGGACAGGGAUGACCUCAUCAGGUAUGAAACGGCGAUGCGUACGCUGCAGGAAGUGAUUGCUGCAAUGCAGACAGGCAGCUGGGAGGACGCCUAUGUCCUCUAUACUACAGCAAAGGACACCUGGCAGGAGAUUAAAGACUCCUCUGACCUAAGUCAUCAAGAACAACUGCCUGUUUUUCUGCGGUGUUUCACUGUGGGCUGGACCUACACUCGGAUACUGUCUCGAGGAGUCGAGAUUUUACAAAGACUUCGCCGCUAUGAGGAGUCUGUGGAGGAGCUGAGGAUUCUUCUGUCCCAGCAAGUGUAUUGUGUAAACAGUAGGGGACGCUGGUGGGACAGACUGGCUCUCAAUCUCCAGCAACACCUAAAACGACAUGAGCAGGCCAUCUGUGCUAUCCGGGAUGGACUGAAUGAUCCUGUGGUCCGAACAGGCCACAAAUUAUCACUUCACCAGCGUGCAUCCCGAAUGAAAGAAUCUGCUAGCUUGAAGAAGUACCAUCUGCUGCUCCAAGAUCUGCCCACUGUGCAUGUACAGGAUGUCACUCAUGUGAGUGUUCAGUUCCACAUGGGGACAAUUGAAGUACAGUUUUACUCUAUGCAUAUUAUUUUGUGGUCACUAAAUACUGAAGUUAAUGUAUUGGAAAAUGUGGAUAAAUUUUUUUUUUAAAGAUUAUUUUAGUAUUGA